GCAACCAGGCAUAUCAACGCCAAUAAUCGCAGAAGAUAAGGACCGGACCAUCGUUGUCCGGCAACAUUACUCAGGAUCCUCGACCGUACCCAAGCGAGCAUCCUCCCUCUUCAAAGUAAGCACCAUGGAGCAUAGCAUUGUAAAGGACGACGACUCUGCCUCGCUCACUUCGAUGGCGCCACCCAUCGUAUCGCUCAGUCCCGCCUUUGGAGACCAACAAAUGUUCAAGGAUGGGCUGCUUGCCGAUUCGCCAGGCGCCAUGACCACUAGAGCCCCGGACAGCCGGAUAGUAGACCAUACACGACUCAGCGCAGGUAAGUCACGCAUCUCAAAGGUCUUGACGGCGUGAAAGGUAUUGCCCUGGAUCUUACACCCAGGGUCUUUUAUGAAACAUGCUAACUCCUCACGUUUGGCGAUUUACAAUAGGGGAUACCUCUGCAACCAGAGACUAUAUCCACCAAACUCUCGGCGCAAGAGAGGCAUUCGCUGACUCGGAUACGAGAUCGAUCAGAAGCUUCAGCUCUGGGCACCAGAAGGGCAACUCAUUGACUAAACUCAUCCGCCGUGUCAGAGGAGAAGGCGUGAACAGGGAUUACUGGAUGGCGGACGAAAAUGCAAAGGAGUGCUUUGGAUGCAGCGCCUCGUUCUUUGUCUUCAGAAGGAAACACCAUUGCCGCAUUUGUGGCCACAUUUUUUGUUCAAAGUGCGCAUCAAAAAUCAUUCCCGGAAUCAAACUUGGGUACGAAGGCUAUCUGCGUGUAUGCAACUACUGCUUGGAUGUCAUGCAGCAGUACGAGGAGCAGGAGAAUGGGCUCAGCGAGUACACCCCAGAUGGGUUCCGAAAGUUUUUACAUGCCGGAUCAAACUUGUUUCUGGCUCGGUCUCGGUCCAACACCGCAAAUGGUGACCAAAUCGAUGGCAGCACGGUGCCCUUCGGGAGGUCUCUUGCGCUUGAAGAUGCCAUGCACGACUCAAUUUUGGAUCCAGAAAUAGCGCCGUUCAUGGGAGAGGAGGAUGACGACGACCGAGACGACCUUUGGCCGUCGAACUCGCCCAAUACCAUAGGAUUUGUCACUCUCAACGAUCCAUAUAACGAUGGCAACAGCGACGAUGAUGAUGACGACAGCACUAUCUCUGACUUUAUCCCAAGGGAAAAGUUUAUCGUGCGCACAACCCGGGCGGAGGAAAUACGGGACAUGUUUUCAAAAGACCGUUCGCCCAUGAGCCGCCGCAUCAGUGUUAGCGGGAACCGACCCAACCGGAAUCUGAGUCUGAGCCUUAAGACUAGGGGCUUGCUUCGUUCUGACGGAUCAGAAUCUGCGAGAUCACCCAUGGAUAUCAGACCAGCCUCGCCGUUUUUGAGCUCGAACUCUCAGGCGCUGUUGCAUACCGGUCGUCACUCCCGAGCGGCGUCAAUGGCCGUCAGCCCAACAGAACUCAACAGUGCCUCUCUGCAGCACAUGCGCCGAUUGCUACGACAGCUCCUGACACGGUUCGAAAUCGACAAUGGUGAUGGCUGGGAAGAAGUCAUUAUGAAACUUGUGCUCAAGGUCUCGACAAGUAUUCAAAUCUUGGGAGGAAUGGACGUAAGGCAGGUCGUCAAGGUCAAGAAAAUCCCUGGCGGAACUGCCCAGGACACACUCUAUAUCAACGGCGUUGUUUGUACCAAGAACUUGGCCCACAAGCAGAUGAGUCGAGCCCUCCAAAACCCCAGGAUCCUGAUCUUGAAAUUCGCUCUGGAAUAUCAGCGUGUCGAAAACCAUUUUAUUUCUUUGGAACCGAUUGUGAACCAAGAGAGGGAAUACCUUCAGCACCUGGUCGCUCGGAUCGUCGCUCUGAGCCCGCAUAUCAUCGUUGUGGAAAAGACGGUCUCCAGAUUGGCGCUUGAAUUGCUGCUGAAACACAAUGUCGCAGUGGCAUAUAACGUCAAACUUGAGGUGGCCGAGGCGAUCGCCCAUUCAACCGGAGCCGACAUCAUUCUGUCGUUCGAUAAGCUUGUCAAGGAACCACGGUUAGGAACCUGCGGCUCUUUCGAAGUAAAGACGUUUGUCCACGAGUUGAUCCCCAACAAGCGAAAGAGCUACAUGUUCUUCCAGGACUGCCCAGGAAAUCUUUUCUGCUCCUUGGUUCUCCGCGGUGGAUCACUGGAAACGCUGAACAGGAUCAAGAAGGUGGUCCGAUUGAUGGUCUGGGUGUCGUAUAACCUCAAACUGGAGACUUCACUUAUGAGCGACCAAUUUGCCAUGACAUCGGCAGUGCGAGAAUCACGCCUCCUAGAGGAGGAGAAGGUCGAAAUCUCUUCCGAUGCAGAUAUCAGCCGUCUUCAAGAAUCACUCGUGCCAUACAAGCAAACGAUCCUUUCUGCAUCGCCCUUUGUCAAAUUCAAUCCUCCAUUUCUGCUGAAGCAAAUGAUCGAGGAUGCGGAAAAACUCAAGGCGAUCGAACAGUCCACAACACCCACAGCGCUACGGGAGAUCGGCAACGCAAAGAUUCUAUUUGCAGCCGCCAGUACGAGCGCUAUCAUCAACAAGUCAUCAACAGGCAGGUCGCAAGAUAGUGGAUUUGUCGAAGGCGCCUACAUUGACAUCUCUAACGACUUUCAAGCAAAGAGCAAAGCAUGGGAGGACUUUUUGAGCAGCAACAUUGGACCACCACAUAUCGUGCCAUUCGCUUACCAGAACCUCGCAUUUUUGUUUUCGAACAUCUGUAUGCCGACCAAGACGACCUGCGUCGGGCCUGUCAUACGCCUCAUUCAAUAUUAUAGUUUGUUGAGCGAUGUCACCCUCGCUCAUUACCUUGACCAAAUCUGCUGGGAGUCGAAUUUCAUCUGCCCGUCCUCAGCCUGCGAUCGACCUCUCCGAGACCAUCAACGCAUAUAUGCACAUGGCGAUGCCAAGAUUACUGUUAUUGUGGAGCAAUGGGAUUCACCUACAGCGCUGAAAAAAGACUCGAUCAUGAUGUGGAGCAAGUGCCAGAUGUGCGGUGUCUCUACUCCGCAGGUUUAUAUCUCGGAUGAUACCAAGAACUAUUCCUUUGGCAAGUUUCUGGAGCUGAUUUUCUACCAGAGCAACCUGACAUGCCGGGCCAACAUCUGCCCUCACGACAUCAAUCGCGACCAUAUUCGGUAUUUUGGCCUGGACACGCAGGUCGUCAAGAUUCAGCGGAUACCGAUUCGACUCUUUGACAUCAACUUUCCGCCCAUGCUCGUCCGUUGCAAGCCCGAGUACUAUGCACGGACCAAAAACCAGGAUUUGGAUAUUGUUCGCUCUCUGAUCACCAGAUACUGGGACUCGGUUAUGGUGAGGAUCAAAAACUGUAUUUUUGAUGUCGUCCAACCAUCCAAGAUCGAGGCCGCCAAGCAGGAACUACUAGAGAUGUCGAGGAACGUGGUCGUGGAGAAGAAGUGGAUACUGCAACUGCUGCAGCAGACUUAUCUCAACAGCUCUCCGACGGACACAUUGGCAUUGAACAUGGUGCGGAUCAAAUUAUACGAGAAGGCAGUGGCGUGGAACAAAACAUUCGGGGACUUUGCGCGUGAGUACUUCAAUCCAGAGCGCGAUUUUAGAAGGAGCACUACAUCGCAACUUCGGAGACUGUUCGACGAGAAGGAGUUUCCUGUCGCUUCGGAUCGAGCACACCAUGCGAGCUUGAUGAAUGAUUUGCCUAUGACUCUGGAUGCCGGUGACAGCAACGAGUUAAAUGGAGAGGAUUACAGUGACUUUGCACCUUCGGACCUACCUUACCUAGGUAGCUCGCCAACUUUGAAGGUUGCCCGAUCAAAGAUCGAAGAAGGAGAUGUAGCUGCACUUGAAAGCGCUAUUGAAAAGGCCACUUCACAGAUUGCCUUUCCAUUCAUGGAACCAAAGGUUACUCGCAGGCUAUCCAUGAAUCUAAUGCAGGAGUUUAGACCAAAACUCACGCACGCGCUGACGUCGGACUCGAUUUUAACUGUUACGGACGAGGACUUGGCUGAAAAGGCCAAGACCAAAGAGCCAUUUCCUGCGUCUACUAUACCCCGAAUUCCGCUGCCAGCCAGUUCGCGAACUACGACGCGGGUUUCAAGUCGCCUAUCAAUGGUGUCGCUACCAACUUUCGAUCCCAUGACUCUGCUGCAACAGGAGCGGAGGGAUAAUCAGCAUUUCAGGACCGGCCUUACCGCCACACCAACCCACUCUGGAGCGCCCUCAUCUUUGGGUUUAAAAAACAUGAACGAACGACUAAUCAUCCCGCUUGACCGCACUCCGACAAACGAGAAACCAAGCUCUACAUCCUCGACGUCAGGAAAGAAUCCGUUUUUCUUCAAUAAACCACGGCCAAGGCGACCCACGGAGACAGCUUCGUCCACAUCGACAGCGAGUAGUCCGCCUUCUAACCACGCAGUUUCACCAGAAAGAUUCUCUUCAGCCGCCAACAGCCUCACCUCGACAACCCUCAGCAGCAGGCGUUCAAGCUACCUAGCUCGUGCUCAGGGUGGAGGAAUACCCAUUCCGACGCAUGGUUCCACAAAUUCGUCGGAAACUCAUAGGAACGUGGUCGGUAACAGGAGUCGUUCUCUGACGCAGCCGAUGCCAGGACCGAACGGAACCGCUCGAGCAAGGUACAUGAAUGCUCUCUCUAGCCGCAAUGCGCGGCCGCUUGAUGCAAAGCAGCCAUCGAUCGAGGUGUUUUCGAGCGUCAAGGAGGCGGCCAAGGAGGAAUCAGAGGAUGAGGACGACUAUCAGUCCGAAGGUGAGGGUGAGGAGCCGUAUCAACCUAGCCGUGGCUAUACCUUCUCGCUAAUCCAGACGGAUGCCAUGGACGAAGCGCUCGGAAGCGAAGACCCUUUGACGAUGGAAGCAACCAACAACCUUAGGAGCAACAGCGUAGGUCCCAACGCAGGGCCGGGAGGUGCUCAUUCCUUAGCUAAUAAUGGGGACGAUAACGUGUCCCUAGAUCCAGUCCUGAUGAUGUUUUUGGGAGACGAUGACUACUCCGCCGAUCAACAACAGGAUUCAGGCACGAACAAUGCUAGUACUCACACUGGCGGACUCAGCUCGUCUGUGGUGGGAUCUCCGCCUACAAAGUCGUCGUCUAUGAACAUGACUGUCACCGGUACCUUGAGUGCGGCGCUGGCAGCAGCCUCAAAGUUGCCACAGCUGAGCGAAGUGGCCGAAGGCGUUGAACGCGGAUCCUUGAUCAAGACACUGUCCAACUUUUGGCAAGACCGGAACUCGCCUAAUUUCACGCCCCUAGACUAUCCCAUGCAACCGUUCGAGCAUGUUUUUCCAUAUUCGCAGAUUAUUUUUCCAUUCUUAGAUGGUUCGACUAUGCUGUACUGCAAGAUCUUUUAUAUGGAGCAGUUCCAUGCGCUUCGCAAGGCUGCAGGAUGCGAGUACUCUUACAUUCAGUCUUUAUCCCGAUGUUUGAGAUGGGAUGCAAACGGUGGUAAAUCUGGCUCCUCGUUCCUAAAGACUAGAGACGAUCGAUUUAUCAUGAAGCAGCUCUCGAAGGUUGAGUUGGAGGCGUUUAUCAAAUUUGCGCCGCAUUACUUUCAAUACAUGCAAAAGGCCAUUUACCACAAGCGACCGACCGUACUCGCCAAGAUUUUCGGAUUCUAUCGCGUGGGCUACAAACACGGGGCUCUCGGCCGAUCGAUGAACAUGGACGUACUGAUCAUGGAAAACCUCUUUUACGACCGCAAGAACCUUCAAAUUUACGACUUGAAAGGGUCCCGCCGCAAUCGAUACGUGCAACCCAGUGGUAGGGACAACGAGGUUCUCUUGGACGAGAACUUUAUCGAGUUUAUGUCCGAAUCUCCGUUCUUUAUACGCGAACACGCCAAGUUACAGCUCUCCGAGUCGUUGGCCAACGAUUCUCAGUUCCUACAGCGAUUCAAUAUUAUGGAUUACUCGCUCCUGGUCGCUGUGUCUGACGAGGAGCAGGAGCUUUUGGUCGGUAUUGUGGACUUUAUCCGCCCUUUUACCUGGGACAAGAAGCUAGAGUCCUGGGUCAAGGAUGCUGUCGGCUCCCGCGAGCCAACGAUUGUCUCUCCAGCGCAGUAUCGCAAGCGCUUCCGGUCAGCGAUGAAUCGGCAUUUGGAUAUGGUGCCGGACCGGUGGUUUGACAUCGACUCGCUCUUUGCGGGAGCCAUUAUGAAUCGGGCGAGCGGGCGAUCUCACCAUCAGCAUCAUAUUCAAGAGGCAGGCACGGAGUAUGAGCAGGAGUGGCUUCAGCACCAGCACCAUCUUUUGGAGCAGGAGCAGAAAAAAGGACAGAUGCAGUUGCACCAACAUCAUACGAAGCAUGGCGGCAGCAAUACACAUCAAGGAAGGUCUUCAACAGAUCAACAGCAGCAUAGUCACUACCAUCGCCACAAUUACCAUCAGGAUCACUACCACCAUUCGCGGAGCAGCUCGGGCUUUCAGUCUGGAGAGCAGAAUGAAACCAUGAAAAGUCAGGUUUCAAGACCCAGCAGCGCGUUGAUUAUGUCGCGGAUGCCUAGCUCCAACGAUGAGUGAUGCGUAUGCGAUGAAAGAAAUAAAUGUAAACACAACCAUUUCUGUACCACUGUAUGUGCUGCGCCCAACAAAGGGAAUUGGCAGUAAUGACAUGUUCCAA